CUAAAAAAACACCAUCUCUUUACAUUCCGACCCUCCCACCUCCUGUGUCCUGUGUCCCUGCUCUACCUGAAGGCCUUGGAGACCAACAGAACCAGCGGCAGUAUUGAACCAUACAUCUCUGGCACCAAAACGGGCAUUCUCUCAAGCCGAGUGCCCUCUCCUUCAGCAGCGUUAACCCCUGGCCAGAGGAAGCACCCCCAGGAGAGGGCGCUACCGGCCCUGAAAGCCUCCUCCAGUCAAGCCAAGGCGCUGCUGGCAAGCCUGACCGCCGCCGGGUUGAGCGCCGAGGCCCUGCUCCUCUCCUCCGCCCUCCGUCAUCACCGGCUUCUGCGCGAGCAGCGAGCCUCCUCCCUGCCUCUCCCCAGCAGCCGGUCCUCUUCCCCUACUCCUGAUGCCUUCCCCUCCUCCUCUCCCUCGCCCACCACCCCUACUCCAUCCCUGUCUCCCUCCUCUCCCGUCCCUCUGAGUUCCCUCACCCUCCCCUCUGGGGAUCUCAAGCCCAGCGGUCGUAGCCUUGACAGCUGCAGCCUCGACGAGGAGGAGGUUUGCAGCGAGCCUGUGAAAAAGGACCUCACCCCCGGCAACUCUCUGUGAGGAAGAGGAGGAUGAAGACACAGGGGAACGCAUUUCAACAUCGUCAUGAACCAUAACCAUUUUAAACGAUUUUUUUUAUUUUCUUUUAUUCUUCCUUGUCUCUACUUUUGUCUGCAGUUUGCAGAGUCAUCAUAUUUCCAUGGAAAGAACUACCACCCUGUAAAUGGAGUCACUCUCUUCCUCCCUCUGAUCUGGCUCCCCAGUUUCUCUGAAGUUCUCCCACACACUCAUACUGCCAGUUUCCCAGCCCAAGAGCGCACGAAUGGCCCUCCCCUCCCACCAGCUGCCUGCUAUAAGCUGAUGAGAUAACUGACAGCACCGAUCUCAUAUAUACCCUCACUCAGUGGGUCGUUAGUGGAGUAGAUAUAUAAUAUCUGUGACUUUUAUCAUAGAAAAUAGAACGCAAUAAUCACAAAGUGAGUCCUGUAGUCGUGUGUGUCCUGGAUAAUAUUACUCUCACUAAACUGCAUCACAGCAGAACGUGAGCCCGCUCAGAAAAAAAAAGAAGAAAAAAUCUAAAGUAGGUUGAGGUGAUGGUUGUGGUUUUAAGCUGUUAUUCGUUCAAAAGGCACUUGUGGCUUUUCUUGCAUCACACGUGUUUUACAUUCUGAACUGGUGCUACAUUUUCCCCUCUGUUUGUACACACUGCGUGAAGAGUUUACAUGUCUGUCCCUGACCUUUGACCUGCGCUUGGUUGCAAGUGUACACAACACUGUCUGCAUAAGGAAUUCACGUCACAGUAUCGAUAUGCAGAUAUACCCUAGGAAAGUAUGGAAUUAAUUAUGAAAACACUAUACCUACAAAAGCACACUGCAGGGAGCAGUCCUAUUAUAGCACACGUCUAUUUAAAAAUGGAACAAACCCGCACAGAGACACAAACAGAAGGGAAAAAUGAAAAUCGUGUAAACAAAUGUUCAUAGGGGUGUUAUAUACAAAUGUUGAAUCUCUGUGUGUGUGUGUGUGUGUGUGUGUGUGUGUACGAGCUAGUGAAUUAUGACAAUCAGGAUGUUCCCACUGUAGCAUCUCACAGGUUGCUAUGGCAUUUUUAGCACCUGACAUCACCAAACCAUCCCAAAGACUCAAGCACACCCAGCUGCGGAUAACACACGCAGACUCUGCUAGUCGAUAUUUUCCUUAUUUCUGUUCCAGGAUACUUUGGGUGAUGAUUCAUCUUUAGUCUCAUCUGUUGAAAGGAGCACUCUGGUUAAAAUAUGGAAUGUGAUUUCCCCCCCUCGAAGGAAUCGGAUGUGCUGUGUUUUCGCCCCUUGUUUUGAAUUUUUUACAUUUUCAAUUUGCCGAACCUUAUUGAAGAAGCUUCUUUAUACAAGCACAAAAUGUAUCUUUACUCUAGUGAAUCGAUGACUCCUGACAUCAUCUCACCCUUUGGGUUGUCUUUGAAAGAUUAAUCAGCACAUAUUUAGAUAUUAAGAUGCAACACAACUCUGUUGAGGAGAAUAUAGAAAUAUAAAUCGAGCACAGUUUCCUCCCACACACAUUUCUUACUCAAAUUUUCACUUAUAGCAUCUGGUUGAUCACCACGAGCACAAAGCCACAAGGGCGAGAGACAGAAAAACAUUCCCUCACAUUAAAGACACUGUACAUUAGAUUUACCCGAUGUUUCCGUGGCCUCGUUUGUUUUUUAUUACCGGCAUGUUCAAACAUGAAACACUUAUGAAUGUCCGGCCCUCUGAGUUCCUCAGCGACAGAAGUUUAAAGCUCCUCAUGGGUCUGUCAGCGUGACCCCUGCACAAGGAACCACUUUGAUGCCGCCUGUCCUGUGUUGUCGCUUCGUGCCGAGGUCGAACCGACAGUCGUAGACAGAGUGGUUUUUCUUUUGGACUGUGUCAAAUCGAUUCUUUGUGGCAUUGAGAAUCAAGCAUGUGCAAAGGGGCUCAUGUCAAAGAGUAGUCAGUGUGAGGAGAGCGGAUUAGUGUGGAGACAUGUGUCGGAAGGCUACUUUAAUAAGGGCGGCUUUGAGUUGCCGUCUCCAUCGAGGGCGCUCGUGACACAAAGGACCCAAAGAGAUGAGAGGAAGGGCUUGACAGUGAGGGAGCCAUUAAGCGGCUGUUCGUUCCCUGCCCCCCUCUCCCUUUGCUUCGUCUUUGGUGCGGGGCGUCUGUGAGAUAAAAACCACUCAGUCGAGGCUGCGCUUGGACAAGGUUUGAUGAGCCUCAGUUAUGAACAGUGCAAUAUGUAAUUAGCACUCUUACACGUUUACCAAGACAGUGCUUUUACCCUUUGGGAAACCCCCCCUGCCUGUUUUUCUCUAGAAGGACCUGUACCAGUGUUUCUGUUUUCCCAGUGCCUCUGAGAUUUUGUUCUUGCCAGAAGACCUCCGUUGAUCUUGUGUGACAGUAUUAGAUCGACAGCAAUGACAGAAUAACACUUUUACCCAAAGAAGAGGCUGCCAAAAAAAAAAGGGCUAACCCCCAUUUUUUUCCCUGCAGCAUAAAGAGAAACAGCACUCGCAAUGCAGAGUCUGUCAGGUUGCAGCGGUGACAUGUGACCAAAACACUCCCUCAGAUCUGUCAAAGUGCAAAAACUGCGAGCCCGCAGCGCAGCGAAUUAAGCCGCACCCUGGGCGCUCUGCGGCUCUGCCAGGCGGGGUCGAGCCCUCUUCGCCGUAUUGAGUGAAGUCAAAUGAAAGAAAUUCACUCACUCAUGCUGUUCCACUCUCAAGUCCAUAACUUUUUUCCGAGUUGAAUUUGCUGCAUUGGCGUCUGGAGAGCGUUGGGGAGGAAGCGUUCACGCUUGAUCGCUUUUCCCUAAGUGACAUCUGAGAUGAAACCCUCCGAGAUUCGCGUGACGUCGCCCUCUGGAAUGGUUUCUGUUUAUUUCAUUUUUUUUUUUUUUUUCCAAGACAAGUGUUGCUGUGAUUUCAACAUGGCUGAACGCUUAGAGGGCAUGUUGUCGAGACCCCUGGCAAUCAGAAAAACUAUUGCAAACUUGAAAUCAAACCUAGGCGAAAUAUACAUAUAUAAAUAUAUCUAAGUGCGAUGUUUGUGUAUGAUAUUAUAAUUGUGAAGAAAAGUGUGAUAUAUAUAUAGGCCUAGAUUAAAUGAUAUACUGUAAAAUGUCCUCAUCUCUUCGGUUUUAUAUAUUAGUGACCAUUUUGUACAGAUGUUUUUUUUUUUUCUUUUUUAACUCAUUGUAAGAGAUUAUUUAUUCAUAUGCAGAACAUUUUUAUAUUUGUUUAAAAAUAUCUGUAUAGACAAGAGUUAGCCUCUGUAAUAUACACUGAAGUUCAUUUUUUUUUAUUCUAGGCUUUUCUUUAUGAACACUGACUUUAAUGUUCUUUUUCAUUUAUGAAAAGCCUGUCCCUGAAAACACUUGUCCAGCUCGUCUGCACCUUCGCCUCCUGAUGUGAAGGGUAACAUUGAGGUGUCAGUGGCUGGACCAGUGCCUGUGCUUCGGGGCUUAUUUUGCUACUAUCUUUUAAUUCUGGGGUUUUGUUUUGAGUAUCUGUGGUUUUUCUUUUUCUCUCGCCCCAUGUUGUGUUUGUGGUUUGGCUGGCAUUAGUGAUAGUGGAGAUGGUCAGAUAUUGUCACAACUACUGUGAGAGAAGAGUCAAUUCGCCUGAAGGCCUCAUUUAGAGCCUUGCUGCUUUGACGUUAAGUAGGUUUGAAAAAGGCUUUAAUUUUCCAUGUUUGCAUGUGAACAGGAACAGUAGCAGUGUGGAUGCUCAGUGCAGAAAGCGUUCAGAGGCAACACGCUCUGAAUCAUCACAACAGGUGGGACUGGGUGACGUCGCUUAUUAUCUGCUCCAGUUGUUCCACCGAGCGGCUUUAAGUAGCAGUUGAGCGAAAAACACAAGCUUUGUUUAAAAACCACCACGACGGAUCAAAAAGGGAAUUACGUGACGUUUUAUCUCUUCCUUUGCCAUUGUAUUAUUUUUUUUUAUAUAUAUAUAUAUAUAAUGAACCUACAUUCUAUAGUAUGUAAAUGAGGUUUUUACAUGAAUGUGUGGAUGUUCCUUGGCAUCGAAAAAGCAGAGAAAAACUAAAAUUGACUUGUAAAUAGGCCGAGUCAUUCCUAGCGAGUUCAACAAAUUGUUAUGUCCAAAAGAAGAUGUUUUAUGAAUAAACUAUGACGAUGGGUACAAAGUUAUAUACAAAACAAUGCAUGUAUAGUUUCAAGCAAUCGCACGGUGCAGUUGAAAAAAUGUUGUCUCCAUGUUUUCUCAAGAAGAAAUGAGAACGAGAGGAAGAGGAAAGUGGUUGUCUAUGUUAGAGGUUUACAAACAUGAAGAAUGACGACAUUAUUCUGUUAUCUGUGACGCAGGCAUGUUCAGUCCUACUGUGAUGUUAUGUGGUGGUGAUGAUGAUGAUGAUGAUGAUGAUGAUGACGAUGACGAUGAUGAGGAUAGAGUGCUGAAUGUCUAAGAGUAUGAAAAGCUGGAACACGGCCCAACCAGAGACGUUCACCAGCGUUGGUGAACUCUUUCCACAAAAGAGUGAUUCUCCCAUUUGUAGAGUAGUGUGACAUAAGAACAAGAAUAACACAGAAAAUAGAUCUAUAAUAUAAUGAUAUAUAAAUUUAAAAGCCUACUGAUACUGGAGAUACUAAUUUAUCAGUGUGGAUGCCAUGAUAUUCUGUGAGAUGUGUGUGUUUUUCCUGUGAGAAGACGGCAGGCAGUUGAACCUGCCUUCUUUUGUACAUAACUUGCUGUGAUUGUGUGUCCAAUAAAGUGCAGCUCUCUUGUA